UGGACACUAGCAGAUUGACGGUAAACGUGAUUAUCAUAUUUAUAAAUUAAAAAAAGAAAGCAAAAAAAAGAGAGCAAAAGCAAUUAUUAAUCCAUCCAUCCAUUUUCUGAGCCGUUUAUCCUCACAAGGGUCACAGGAGCGCUGGAGCCUAUCCCACCUAUCUCCGGUCGCCAGCCAAUCGCAGGGCACACAUAAACAAACAACCAUUCGCACACACAUUCACACCUACGGGCAAUUUAGAGUCUUCAAUUAAACUACCAUGCAUGUUUUCCGGGAUGUGGGAGGAAACCGGAGAAAACCCACGCAGGGAACAUGCAAAGUCCACACAGGAAAUAAUAGUUAUUGUGGUGAAGUGCUAUUUACUAAGAACUAAUUGGGAACCAAAUGUGUGAGGAAAUAGUUAAUAGAAUAAAGACAUUUGGAUAAAAAAACAAUAAACUAAAUAUUAAAUAUAAAAAUGCAUUCUUAUGGGUAAACAUUUAAAUGGGAAAUGAGAACUACUGAAUUGGAAUUAAAUGCUAGGUAAUUAUGAAGUAUGAAAUAUGAGAGAGGAGUUACAGAAAUGGUAAUCAAAGAAGAGAAGAAUUUAAACAAUAAGACAAUAUCAAUACAAUUUGCUUAAUGAUAUAGGUUCAAUUAAAAUUAUAUAGUUUUAUUUUUUUACAUAUAUAUUUUUUUCUUUACAUAUAUACAUAACGUCACAGCCUACCAAGUCCCUUUGCACACUCCUGUACAGUAGGUGGCAGUAUAUUCCAAAGAGAUGUAAUCCGCCAGUAAACUAAAAGAAGAAGAAGCGGAAGCGGGAAAGAUAAAAAAAGAUGGAUGUCGGAGGAGAAACCUUUGAGGAGACAGACAUACUCCCCACGUCAACUUUAGAAUUAUACGAGACUCAGUUUUUCGGCUUUACUCCGCAAACGUUCAUGUUUCGGCUCUCCAGCGCGUUUUUGGAUUGUCUGAGCGACAUUUUGAGCGUCGUAGAGAAAGUAUGCGUGCGACAGCUGAGUAAGUCGGAGUCGGAAGCGACGACGGAGGAGCAGCUCAGCGUCUGCGUUAGAGAGAGUAGCCGCAAGUUUCAAGCGUUUAUGGGGGAGCGCUUCAAGCAGCUGUCGGAGCGGAUAGAAGAGCUACUGGUCACCCGUUGUUUCUCCGUACCUCCCAACGUCCUGUUGAAGGAGGACCAAUGUCACAGAAAACGUCCUCCGGACACACAGGAGAUGCUCAGACUGGAGUCGUCCUUGACGGAGCUCCGUAGUGCUCAUGAGGCCGAGGUGUGUGCUAGACAUGCUCUGCAGGCUGAGCUUGAGGAGCAAGCGGAGGUACAGAAGCAGCUAGAUCAAUUCCUGGUCUGGAACAGAGAGCUACAGGACGCUUGGCUCACAGAGGGAAACGGCAGCUUCCAAGAAAGGUUCCAACUGGUGGCAGCCUCUGUAAAGAAAUUGCAGGAAGCCAUUGUGGAGGUGUGCAACAAAGCGCAGAGUUCUCACUGAACUUACUGUAUGAUUAAAGUUAAUUACUACUCCAAGACUUUUGAACAGCUUUCUACACUUACAUGUCACAUAGAAAGCAAGGUGGGAGAGAGAGAUUCUGUAAAUUUUCUGUAAAGUAUUACUGUCUUCUUAGUAGGGCUGCACGAUUAUGGCCAAAAUAAUAAUAAUUAUUUUGAUCAAUAUUGUAAUCAUGAUUAUUAAUCAAGAUGAUUCCUCAUUCAUUCAUCUACCGUUCCGCUUAUCCUUACUAGGGUCGCGGGCGUGCAGGAUCCUAUCCCAGCAAUCUUCGGGCGAGAGGCGGGGUACACCCUGAACUGGUCGCCAGCCAAUCGCAGGGGACAUAGAAACAAGCAACCAUUCGCACUGUUAUGAAAAAACAAAAUAUCUUUAUUUUUAUUGCACUACUUUUUUAACAAAAAAUAUGUAAGUGUUCAGUUCAAAACUAAUCUUUAAGAAUAAAUGAUAAUGAUGAUUUAAAAAAUAAAUAUACCCAAAAAGUCUACUUAGCAAGGGCUAGCUGAAUAAAUGGGCUUUUAAAAAGUCCAAUCAUGAAUUGCAGCGUAAUGGAAGCAAAUACAAUUUAUGCAUAGAAGGCAAUAGCAUUCGGUUGCAAGCACUGACUUUUCAUUUGAAAAUCCCCGUCAUCAGUAUAGUGACUUGUCAAGGACAGUAUGUCUCCGUUGUUGUGCUUGACCAUUGGUCAGUCUUGCAUGGUCACAAAAUGCAAAGAACAGUUGUGAGUUCCCUCCCUAUUUACUCCAGUUUUUUUUUUUUUUUUUCAUUGCGGUCAGGGCAGCCGCUCCAACAAUUGAAAAUUGUCUUACCGUGACAUGCCACCUCUCUGCCAACGUGCUGUGAGGUCGAACUUCAAAAUAAAAGCGUCAUAUUGUACUACAUUGGACAUCAAUGCCAUUCAGGCUUUUAUUUUUAAGUUGGCAUCGGAGCCCAAUGCGUUCGUCCCCUGGUGGCUGGCUGACGAGGUUGCGGGCACUGGUGUAAUGAAGCGCUUCAUAUGCAGCAGUGCCGGCAUCUUAAAUGUAAUAAAUUGCCGACAUCAGACUCAUUUGAUCGUGGCAGCCAAAAUCGCGAUCACGAUUGAAGUUUGAUUAAUUGUGCAGCUCUACUUCUUAGCAAUAACAAUUGAAGAUCAAAUGGACAUGUUAGAGCAGUGAUUCCCAACCAGUGUGCCAGGGCACAUUAGUGUGCCGUGAGCGCUCUUCAGGUGUGCCGUGGGUAAUUAUAAAAUUGUACGUAAUUUCUCAAAAAAUUAUUUAUUUACAAGAAACAAUGUAUCUUUUUUCAUCUAUUUAUGCCAGUGAGGCAGUGACAGACAGAACAAAUAAAUGCUCUUGUAUUAGAUGGGAGGAAGUACAUACAGUAAUUAAUGUAUCCACUCUUUGUGACAUUUGUUUGUUGGUGUACCGUGAGAUUUUUCAAUUGUAAAAUAUGUGCCAUGGCUCAAUAAAGGUUUGAAAUCACUGA